AUUAUAAGUACUUAUAUAAAUUUAUCUUAUAAGAUCUUAUAAUUAAUUUUUUUAUAGAGUUAGUGUUGGUAAUGAUAUUCCUCAUGAGGAUUCAUCAUUAGCCUUAAUUAUAUCUGGUCAUGCAGCACAUUGGUUUGAUCUUCCAUAUUUUUAUAAUGAAGUUAAACGAACUUUAAAAAUCAAUGGUGUUCUAGUUUUAUUUGGAUAUGCAUUUGUUCAAGUUCAUUGCCAACAAGCAGAAAAACUUAAUGAAAUUUUAUACAAUUUCUAUCAUCAUACACUUGAUGGAUAUGUUCAAAAAGAAAGUAAAGAAGUUUACUUUGGUCGUUAUCGUGAUGAAAAAUAUCGUAUUCCACUUUCAUCAACUGAUUUUACUCGGGAUGAAAGUGUUGCAAUUAAAUGCAAAUGGUCAAUUCGAAGAUUAUUAGGUUAUAUGAUAUCAAUGUCUGGUUUUCAACUUUUUCUUCAACAACAUCCAGAAAGUACAAUUUUAGAUGAUCUUCAAUCAGAAAUAUUUAAAUGUCUUAAUGUAGACAAUGAUGAACACGAACUUGAUCUUUCAUUUGAUAUAUUUUUAUUAAUGAAUCGAAAAAGUGAAUAA